GUCAAAGCUGUACAGUACAGCUAAUGACACUCCCCAUCUGGAAAUGGAACAGCCCUAUCGCGAUACACAUUAUGCAUUUAUGGUCCCAUCCAUGGGCCUAUACCUGUACACACCACUGCUAGCUAGUAUGCUAUAGAUAAGUUCACCACCGAAUUUCCAUCUGAAACUCCUUUGACAUCCAAAUCUGGAAGAUGGCUGAUGAACUGAACCGAGUAUUUCUGUGGGGCCUUCCUCGAUCAAUGUCCACGGCUUUCCUAAAAUGUAUGAGUAACGUCGACGGGGUCCAGAUAGCAACCCAACUCUACGCAGAUGCUCACUACUACGGACCUGAUGCCAAGCUACCUAUCGGUGGUCCCCAAGACCCCAUGGGGAGUAAAAUGAAAGAACUACUUGAGACAAACUACAAAAAGAGUCAAAUGAGUAUAUCAGGAUCAGACCCAAGCGUGAUGUCCCUGGAAUCCAUCCGUGGCAUCUUAGAAGCCCCCUACCCUGGCAAGAAGGUCUUGUUCUGUAAGGACCAGGCCCAGUUUCUGGAUGGCCGGUACGACAUGCUGCCCCGUGGAUUCAAGUACAGUUUCCUUAUUCGACACCCUAACAGAGUGCUUCUGUCUUACAGGAAGUAUCUGUUGGGUUACUGGGGCGAUUUCACCGACAUGAGAAGCCUGCCUCCCAUUCUGUCUCCUCCCGGCUGCGGUUACAAGGAGCUCUACGAUUUGUUCGAGCACGUCCGGGAGAACAUCGACCCCUCGCCGGUCAUACUGGACGCCGACGAUCUGCUGCAGGACCCGGCGGGGAUCUUGUCGACCUACUGCUCCAAGAUGGGAGUACCGUACUCUGACAAACUUCUGUCUUGGGAAGCGGGUGAAGACGUCUUGGAACAGUGGAUUGGCACGAAGAUCUGCAUGGUUAAUACCCACGCCCAUGCCUACAAGCGCGUAUUCGCCAGUGAGGGAUUCGGCGCGCCCGCACCCGUUCCUGGGCUGGAUAGUUUACCGGAUGAUGUACAGGCAUGUGCGCAGUUCAGCAUGCAAUACUACGAACACCUCCAUCAUCGGAGGAUUGUUGUAAACUCUGACAAUAAAUAACGUUAGAGGGUGUGAUUAAUCUGAACAAAUAGAACUUGAAUGUCUUGACUUCAGCAAAUAGCUUGCAAAAUCGGUACAAUCACGACGUAUUGUCAUCAGAUGACGCUUGUUGUAUUGUUUUUUUUUGUUCAUUCAAGGUAUGUUGAGAGUGGGAGGCAUAUUUAAGCCUACAAUAUUAUGGUUACAUUAUAGAAACAGGUGAGUUAAAAGGAAAUAGAAAAAUGAAUCUCUUCAAAAAACCUGAUUUGAACAAGAAAUAGAAAAUACAAUUCCCCCAAAUAAACUGCAAAUUAGAAGCAUGAAUCAAUAGGGUUAUAUUUCGAAAUACGUGUACCUCUCAUAACACUACUUAUAGUCUGUUCUUGGAAAAUUCUUCCUUUUUGUGUAUUAUUGGUAAUAAUUAUUGGUGAAAACCUUCCCUAGAUCGGUAUUUCUUUUUAAUUAUCAGUCUAAGAAUUCAUGCAAAACUUGGUGUUCCUCAACUAAAUUGUUUGAAUAGGCCCCUAUGGCAAUUUUAUCUGGAAUUACAUUGUUGAUAAAAGCCAAGGCCCAAAUGCAGUGUCAUUUUAUUGAAUAAAUAAAAAAAAAAGUAACACCAAUGACUUGGAAUAAUAAA